AUGACGUCGACGCGCCGAGGCAAGGCACCUUCGACCUCACGGCAUUCUGCAACUUUCGCUGUUACCUUCAUCAUCCAACUACUCGCCUUUGUGCAAACAUGCACGGCAGUGACGGUUUAUUACCAGGCGGGCCAAAAACCAUUGGGAUCGACCGCAACGGACACAGGCGUCGCGGCGAGGUACACUGGUGCGGCAGCAUACAACCCAACCACCCUCAAUCCGCCUCCGCCUCCAGGGUCCGACGCCCUUCCCACUCAGUUUACAGUACAAUUUAGCAAUGCCGUCCCACCUGGCGCCUCAAUACCCCAAAGCGGCGCAUUCUUUGGAUUCUCAAUCGAGAUGUCGGUUGCGAAUCAAGUUCUGGGCAAGAAUUCGUCAUUCAUACAGGUCCCAUUUCUCAAUCUUAUGGGUAAUCUUCAGCAACGCUCAGGUCGAAUAAACGUUCGCGUUGGAGGAAACACGCAAGAAAGGGCGACACUCGUUGAAAACACCGCUGACGGACGUAUUAUAGAGAAAGAUCUUGCGGGGAUCACAAAUCCGACGCAAACGCCGCCCUUGGUGUUCACUCCAGAGCUUCUUCAGCUACUCCGAAAUAUCUCCAACCUCGUUAACGUUCGGUGGUAUCUUGGUGUGCCCUUCAACGAUACCUCCAACUUCCGUCUCGCUAUUGCAGAGCGUGGUCAGCAAAUCUUAGGCGACUAUCUCAUUGGGCUUCAAGCAGGAAACGAACCCGACCUCUAUGUGGAUCAUGGGCAUAGGCCACAGGGUUAUGGACCAUACGACUACUUUGGGGAAUUCGGAAUGCUUGUUCAGGCAAUGGCAGGAGACGAGCAUCUCUUGAAUCGUGGUCUCCUCAUCGGCCCCAAUGUAAACUCGGGACCAUGGAGCCCAGAAAUGGUUUGGGAUACAGGCUUCGUCGACGCUUAUGCCAACAACCUGGCGUACCUGGCUGUAGAACACUAUCCAACCGACAAUUGCUACGCCCAGUAUGGCGUCGGAACACCGAGGGACCCGCAGGAAACAUUCCCGAGCUACCUCAAUCACACCGCGGGACAGACUUUAAUUGCUCCGUACUUGAACUCCAGUGCAUACGCUCAGACAAAAGGGAAACCUCUUCUCAUGUUUGAAACCAACAGCGCGUCUUGUGGUGGGUUCGUCGGUAUCAGUGACAGUUUCGGCGCCGCCCUGUGGGGAUUGGACUACGGUAUGCAAAUGGCGUAUUCGAAUUUCUCAGGAGCUCUGUUCCACAUUGGAGGGCAGAAUGUCUACUAUAAUCCCUUCAUUCCCCCACCGACGAAUCAAAGUACCUUCAGACAAUGGACCGUCGGCCCUAUUUACUACUCGGCGCUUGUUAUAGCUGAGGCUCUUGGACCUUCCAACACGACUCAAGUCGUCGAUAUGGCUGCGAAUAAUAACAACAUCUAUUCUCCAGUCUACGGGAUUUACGAACAUGGAAACCUUGUUCGGGUACUUCUUUUCAACUACGUGACAGACAGUAGUGGAGCGAGCGACCUCAAUGUCGAACUGAACCUCUCAGGUACGCAAGUUUCGGGAGAGGUCCAAGUCAAAUACCUCCUCGCAUCGAGCGUCUCGCAGAAAGGCAAUUUUACAUGGGCGGGCCAGACGUUUGGUGGGAUGUUCGACUCCGACGGGCGACCUAUCGGAACGGAAAGCCUCCAGACAGUCAGCUGCACCUCCCAGUCUUGCACGAUCCACGUCCCGGCACCCGGCGCGGCUUUGGUAUUCUUAUACCCAUCUUCACGUUCAGAUACGGCGGGAGGGCCAAGUCAAACGUUCUCAACAAGCGCACGCACGAACACGCACAAUACGGCGACGGUCGACCCUUCGGUUCUGGCGACAUCUAACGGGCAUAGCGGGAUGGACAAGAAGUUGGGAAGCACGAGCGAGGGAAGUGUCAGUUCUGCUGAAACCCGGUAUCGUAUAUUCAUUGGCAGUGUCUUGGUGUUGGUGCUGAGCGUCGUUGCGGGUUGGGCGCUUAUUCUUGGGCCGACAUGA